UAACAUGCCAACAGAUGACAUGGUUGAGGACACAGACCAAAUGGCUGCUGAAAAUUUAAUGUUUUUGUCACAAGAUGUGGUCACCUAUGUGGAGUCAACAGAGAUUGAUCCAAAUGUAGAAUGUGUCACUGAGGAGGUUAUAACAGAUGAUUGGGUUCUCUCAGGAGGGCAAGAAAGAGUGGAAGUUCCUAUGGAGCAGUUAGCUCAACCCUUACUGGAUAUAAAGGAAGAAAAUGAUAUUGAUGUUCCGUUACCGACUGAUCAAGAUGAGUACACGGCGAUGCGGCCGUGGCCGUGAUUCUGCUCGCGGCGGUUCCGUAAGAAGGCGGCGCUGAUGAACCACAUGGUGGCGCAUCAGAACGACCGUCCGCAUGCGUGCAAUCUCUGCGGUGUGCGAUACGUGCGGAAAUGCGACCUCAUGAACCACCUCAAGGUGCAUGCGUAUGUGCCUGAUAAUCAGGACACUGUUGACUAUGAAGAUCUAUUACAAAAUAACCAAAUUGUUAAACCAAAGAAAAAACGAGGCAGACGGAAAAAGAACCCAGAACCAGUUGAGAACGGUGGUUGGGAGAACAUGACGUCUGCGCGCACGCAGCAGUGGUCGCGGCGCGCGCGUUCUCCGCCCAAGCGGCCGCCCUCCCCGCCCUCGUCCCCCUCACCUCCGUCGCCGGCCUCUCCUCCCUCACCAGCGCCGCCGCCCGCCGACCCCUCGCGACCCUUCGUCUGCAGACACUGUGGAAUUGGUUUCGCGAGAGAGAAGGCUUUGCAGUCACAUGCUAGGGUGCACGGCGGCGACUCGCCGGUGGAGUGCGGCUCGUGCGGCGAGCUGUGCUGGUCGCGCGAGGCGCUGGCGGCGCACUGCAGCGCGCGCCACCCGCACCUGCCGCCCGCGCCCGCCGCGCACGACGCGCUCUACGACGACGACUCCGGUGACGACAUGGAAUAUCGCGUGUCGCCGAGUGCGGAGGCGAGUGAGACGCGCGUGCGUAACACGGACGCACGACCGCCGGAACUGUUCUGUAGACACUGCGGCGUCGCGUUCCAACGCGCCGAUCUCCUACGACGGCAUGUCACCGCAGCGCACAGCUACAAGCGUCACGACAGUACAAGCAGCACGUGGGAGGGGGCGGGCGAGGCGGGCGAGGGCGGCGAGCACGUGUGCGACGUGUGCGGCGAGACGUGUCCCGACGCGCUGCAGCUGCUGGCGCACGCCGAGCUGCACGCCGACCGCGCGCACCGCAGCGAGCCCGCGCCCAGGAUGAAACGGAUGGCCAGAGGAAGAAAUAAUACGUCGUCGAGUAAUUCGCGGCAGUUCCCGUGCAGAGAAUGCGGCAAAGUGUUCGGAUCGAGGAGCUCUCAACAGAUUCACAUUCGCAUCCACACGGGUGAGCGGCCGUACGCGUGUCGGUUCUGUUGGAAAGCGUUUGCCGACGGCGGCACGCUGCGCAAGCACGAGCGGAUACACACCGGGGAGAAGCCGUACGCAUGCGCGGUGUGCCCGCGCGCGUUCAACCAGCGCGUGGUGCUGCGCGAGCACGUGCGCUCGCACCACUCCGCGCCCGACCGCCGCGCCAACGGUGGUCCGGCGUUUUGUUGUGUGGUGUGCAGCCGCACUCUGCACUCGAGUUCGGAGCUGGUGCAGCAUCUCAUACAGCACUGCGACGCUAAUACCGCACUCAAAAGACAGCCUCAGAGUGGACCGCGUAAAUACAAGCGAAGACGGAAACUAAAGGCGGAGGCGUCGUCGCCGGUGAGUCGCGAGUGGGAACACACAUCCGCGUCGCCUCCGGCCGCGUCGCGCUCGCCGAGUCCCGCGUCCCCGGCGGCGGAGCGCUCCCCCUCCCCCGCACCGCGCCCCGCCACUCCGAACGAACCCCGCUCGCCCCCCGCGCGCCGCCGCCGCCGCGCACCCAACCCCGCGCCAGAACCCGCGCCCUCCCGGCCCCGCAUGAUCCACACGGAGGACCCCCGGCCCAGAACUAAACAGGUGCGCCCGCGCCGGCCGCCGCGGCAUCCAGCGGACGACCUGCGCGCGAUCCGGCCGGCGCCGAGCAGGUCGGAGGCGAGCCCGGCGCGGUCGGACGCGGGUCCGUUCAAGUGCGAGAUGUGUUCGCUGGAGUUCGCGCGGCGCGACGAGUUGCUGCUGCACGUGCCGGUGCACAUUUGACGCUCGUCGCGGCGGAUCAGCGCGCGUCAACACAAGUCGCCGCACUCGGCUUAGCUUGCUUCCGGCCGACGCGCAUCGGAACUGUGUGAUCGGUACUGUGACACAUUUGUGACGGAGCUAUGCGAACACAAAUCUGCUAUGAUUGAAAACAAUGAUAAAUGGAAGAAUCUCUUGAAGAUUGCUUAAUUAAAAAAAAGGUAUAUUUAAAUAUCAUACAGCAAAAUUAAGCCGUGUAAUAAACACAUACUUCUGGCAUUCUUUUGAAAUGUCUUGAAACAAAACGUUGAAUUAUAAGAUCAUAAAAAUAUCCUCAAACAGUUUGAUAAUACUGUUCAAACAAUCAUACAAAUACAAAAUGUAAAGUUUAAAUGAUCCAUUUGUUCUAUUUGUAUAUCACAUUAUUGUGUUAAAUGUUGUUUAGAACUUUAAACUUGUUGUGGAUGUUAAACAUAUUCUAUUGUUAUGCUCAAUUAUUGCAGUUCAUUCCAAAAUAUUCAAAUUAUGACAUGCAAAUAACUACUGUGUAUCACAUGUAAUAGUCUUGUGAAAGUUUCACCAUGUUUAAAACACGGCUGUAUUACGUUAGUACAAUCUACGAUAGAAUGGCCUAAAUAUAAAUUCCAAAGAAAACACUAUUUGCGUUCGAUAUUAUCGAUAUAACAGUAAUAUCGAUAUUACUGGUAUUGUUUAUAAAAAUGUAUUAAUAGUAAACAGACUUCAUUUAUGACUUUUAAAACUUAUUUGUGGCAAAUAAGAUUUUUUUAAUAUCACAUUUUGUGUUAUAUUUAAAGAUAUUUGAUAGUGAAAUUUACGCUAAUUUUGUUCUUGCGACUUAUUAUGUAACAGUAACUUGUUUCUAAAGUUUACAUGAGUUUGAUUUGGGUUUGGCUAAAGGAAUCACAAUAUAAUGACACAACAUAUUUAUUUAAUUUCAUAAAAUUCUUCAGAGGGUAGGAACGCUUAUAUAUAAAAAUAAUAAAUAUGGAAAGAUAAUAAAAAUGGUAUAGACUAGACUAGACUAAUUAUGUUAUUUUUUCGACUAUUCAAUAAUCUUUAAUGUCAAUUUUGUUCAAUUGACACAUUUUUGCCGAUUAUGGCCAAAUUUGUGUCUUACACAUUGUUAUUCUGUGAGAAAACAAAUAAAAGGACUGUAUAGAGCAUGCUAAAAAUGAAUUCGUUAGAUGUUACUUACCCAAUCAUUAUGAAAGAAAUAAUUGCAAUUAUUUCAUAUAAAAAAUAUAUAUUUUAUAAAUAUUUUUAAAACAUCACAAAUUAGUACGCCUGUACAAAGAAAAAGUAUAAUUAAAUAAUACAUCAAGGCUUAAUGACCUCUUUUAUAUUUUACUUGUGCAUGCAGUUGUCGUGUCGGUGUCGAAUCGAAACGAAUGAAAAUAAAUGAACCGUGUUAAUCUAUGGUCGGAGAACUUUUCCGCCAGAAAAAAAAAAAACUAUAAUCUGACACAUUUGCUAUAUUAUAAUCAAAUAUAUUUCUGGCGUUAAUUCAACCACAACUAUUUUAUUGUGCUGUCCGACAGUAAUACAAAACGACCUGUUAUAAAAAUACUUUCUAAUAUUUCUCGAUUAAUCACGAAAAUUGACCAAUACGAAUAAAGUUUUUUUAAUAUGUUUCCAAAUGACUUAUUUUGAUUGGUAUUGAUGAUUAAUUGUUCAAAUCGGUUGUUAGUCUUUGAAACGUAAUAAAAUCUAUAUAAAAAAUAUAUAGUCAUCUCCUGCAUGUUGCCGCCCGCGCCGAUUUGACGGCGCAUCGAUAUGAAAACUUAGCAUUUGGUAGUACAUAUGAAAAAAAACUUUUCUAUUGCUGUUUAAUUCUGGUUUGGGAAUUAUGAGUGACUUACCUUGUAUAUUAGGCCUAGUAAGUAAUACAGCGGCUUUAUCAUGCUGUCAACACAAAGCCUGGUAUUAUUAUGUGUCCAGAAAUAUGUGAAAAUAAAUGUUUAAGAUUUCUGGAUAUAAAGGUGUCAUGGUAUUUUAUUGAUUGACUGAUAUAUCGGUUAGUUCAGUGUAAAUUUUAUGUAACUCUAUUGUAAAAUUGUAAAUACUAUUGUCUAUGAAAUAUAAUUUAACUAUUCUAAUGUUUUCUUUAUUUAGUACAAAUACUGUAUGUUUUGGGGUUUUUUUUUCUGAAUGUUUGUAUUUUAUGGACAAAUAAAUAAAUUGUGCCAUGAUGGUAAUAUUAAGAUAUUGAUUGUCUCAUAAUUAUUACUGUGACCGAAUAGCGCACAUACAUCUUUUACACCGACUUCAAAGUGACAAUAUGUAAACUAGUGUAGAAAUGUGCAAUACAUUCCCCAAAAUGCAUAGUAGCGGUAUGUUUCUUUUAUAUGGUUGUCUGUGUCUCACAUUAAUUCGGGAAGCAUUAAUUGUAUAUAAAAUGAAAAUAAAAGUAUUAUGUACUUUUCA